AUGACAAAAUUAAGAAUAACCAACCUUUUUAAAAAUGUGAACUACAUUUUUUUUUACAAAAUACCAAGUGAAUUAACUCAUUGUAAGUUUUAUGCUAAUAAAGCAUAUCUCUUAAAUAGUUCAGGAGAGAAAAAAAAAUCCUCUAAAGAAAAUAAUGUAAAAAAUAGUGAUUUGUUUUAUGAAGGUUUAAAAAAUGGUGUAAAUAUAGAUAAAAGAAAUAUAGAAAAGUUGGAAAAUGAUAUUAUUACUAUAAUUAAAGAUGUAAAAUCAAUUGAAAAUAAUAAAAUAGUUUUAUAUAAUUUUAUUGAUAUAAUACUUCGCUUAAAAAAAAAUUUAAAUGUUCUAUUAUUUUUAAAAGAAAAAUAUCUUAUUGGAUAUUUUUGGUCAAUGUGUAAAAUCAUAAAUUUUAUAGAAAAAAAGAAAUUAAUGGACGAUAAAAUAAUUUUAAAUUUUAAAUAUCUUUUUAUCUACAUUGCUUAUUCAAUUAUUAAAAAAAAGGAUUUACAAUGUAAUAAUAAUAUUAUUAAUUUAAAACAGUUCAUUUUUUCAUUUCUGUCCAUUCGAAUAAAUGAAAAUGAUAUAAAUCAAAUUAACGAUGGUAAAUUAUAUAAAGGUGAGCAAUUUAUGAAUUAUUUAUAUAAUUACAAAAGUAAGUUUAAGGAUAAGAAAAAAGGAAAUGAAGAAAAAAGUGAACAACAAAAAAAAAGAAAAGGAGAAAAUAAGAAUAUGGAUAAUAAUAAUAAUAAUAAAAUGGUGUGUAAUCAAAAUUAUAAUAAUAGUGUAAAUAAUUUAAAAAAUCAAAACUGUUUUUUUAGUAUUUUUAACAAAAAUAUAUUUAUGAACAUAUUUUCUUCAGUAAAAAUAUAUAUUAUAGAGAAAUUAAAGUUUACCAAUCUAGAUAUCAAGACAACUAUUAAUUUCUUAGAAUAUUCUAAUAAAAAUAUGAAUGAUAAUAUGAAAAUAUUAAUUAAUAAUAUAUUAUUAAAUAAAUUUCUAUCUAGUCGAAAUAUUUUUGAUUUUUCUACUUUUGAGUUGUGUAGAUUAAUAAAUAUAUUAGUAAAUUAUAAUAUAAAAAAUGCAGAUAAACUUAUAUCAUUAAUUAUUAAAUUAUUAUUAAAUGAACAAAUUUAUAUAAAAAAUGGAAUUAAAUUUAACUUUAAUUUAUUAUUAUUAGAUGAAUUUUGUAUAAAUGACAAAAACUUUUCUAAAUAUGUUUUAAAAAAAAAUUCAAUUAAGAAUUUUAACUUAUGGCUUCAUUAUGGGAGUAAAAGAGAUAUUUCUUCAUUAUUAAGAGAUUUUUCAAGAAUGAAAGUUAUAAAUAAUAGUAUGUAUAAAAUUUUAAUUGAAUGUUUCUUGUUUAAAAUAAACUAUGAAGAAUUGAUUAAGUUCACUGAUUUAUUUGAAUUUCGCAAAAACAUAAAUACUUCAGAUAAAAACUAUAAUUUAAGUAAAUCUAAAAAUUCUGAUACAAAUAUUUCAUACAAUAAUGACCAAUUAGGAAAUUUUAAAAAAUAUGACUCAUUUAAAUUAACAUUAGAUAUAAUAAACAAAUACAAAAUAAAUAAUUAUCCACAAAAAAAAAUAGAUAAUUAUUUAAAUAACGAGGAUAAAAUAAAAAUAAAACAGGAAAUAUUAAAAAAUGUUAUCAUUAAUGAUACUUUGAAAUGUCAUAAAAAUAAUGAUUUUAUAAUGAAUAUGAAAUAUAUAGAAGAAAACAAAAAUAACAAAUAUGUUGAUCAAAAUAUCGAUAUAUCAGAUAUAAGGAAUUACGUUGACAUUUUGAUAGGUAUAGCAAAUGUUAAAUAUUUUUAUGAAAAAUUUAUUUAUAUUUUUGUUCAAAAUAUAGUUAAAAAUAGUUAUUUUUUUAACUUAAAAAAUAUGCAAAAUAUUAUUUUAGUUAAGAGGAAUUUGUUAAUUUUAGAUUACAAUAAUUUAUAUAUCUUAGAAAAAUUAUUUAAUUUUAUUAUAGAAAAUCAUAAAAAUGUUGAAAUGAAACAAUUAAUAAUGAUAUUUUAUUCUAUAUAUGAUUAUAUUAUAAAAAAAUAUCAAUCAAAAAAAGUAAAAUAUAUUGGUAAUGUAAAUAUUUUAUUUCAUGCUUCUAGUGUUCUUAAAAAUGAUAAUUGCUAUAUGGAUAAAAUUAAAGACAAUAGUGAAGAAAAAAAAGAAGAUAUAGCAUUGGAAUUGCAUAAUAUAAAAAGUGAAUUAUUUAAACUUUUAUAUAAAUUAUCAGAUAUUAUAUUUUUAAGAAAAGAAGAAAUUAAUUCUAUGCAAGGUUUAGUUAAUUUUUAUUUUUCUUUAGUUAAUAGUAUAAAUGUUUUAUCUAUAGAAAAAUACAACUUUUUUUACAAAAAAUUUUGGUGUUUAUUAAAUCAAGAAGGAAAGCAAAAUAUAAAAGUACAAACUAUUGUUCAAAUUUUUUUAUUACAUUAUAAAAACAAUAUGAUACAUAAAAAAUUAUUUUUAUAUUUGCUUGAUAUUUUAAAUAAUCCAUUAGUUAUUGAUGUUAAUAAUUUAUGUACUAUUAAUUUUAUAUCCUAUCAUUUUAAUAUUAUAGACAAAUCAUUCUUUAAUUUUAAUUUAAAUAUUUUAUUUAAAGAAAUAAAAAAAGAGGAACAACAAAAAGCAGCUGUCGUUAAGAAUAUUGAAUAUGAUAUAAAUAACAAAGAAAAAAAGAAUGAAAAUGAUAAAAAAAUAAUGUUAUAUGAAUAUAGAAUCAGUAAUAAUAAUGAGAUAUCUUAUACUGACGAAUAUCAUUUAAAUGAGGGGAGAAUCAUUAGUGGCUUUAAUGAGAGCAUAUCUUAUAAUACAUUAGAGGAAAAUUAUGAUUUUUAUGAUAAUUUUAAUAAUUUUAUUGAUACUAAUAAUAAUUUAGAGAAGGAAAUAUAUAACAAAAUAAUUAAAUGUAUAUGGUCUUUAGUUUUAAGCAACUUUUUUCUUGAAAGUUCAAGGAUUAUAUUUCUGAAAAUUUGCUUAAUGCUAAAAAAGAUAUUCAAAAAUAAAAUUAACUUGAGUGAUGAAGAAUAUAAUAUAAUAUACCAAAUAAUGUUAAGUUUAAAUUUAUAUUAUAAAAAAAAUAAAAUAAAAAAUAAUUUAAAUAUUCCUAUUACUUUUUAUGUUCCAUAUAGUGUAAUAAAAAAGGCAAUAAGGAGUAAUAUCAAUUCACAAAAAAAAGUUAAUAUAUCUAGUUUUCAAUAUAAAAUUUCCAAUUAUCUUAAUAAAAAAGGGAUAAUUUAUAAAUCAGAAUAUUCUUUAAAAUAUGGAAUAAUAGUUGAUUUUUUACUUUUUAAAAAUAAAAGACCGUUUUUACUGUUAGAAAUUGACGGAAUAUAUCAUUAUAAUAUAUCUAAUGAAUAUAAUUAUGAGUUAAAGUAUAAUAAUAUAUUUUUAUUGAAAAAUGGUAGAACGGUGUUUCGUAAUAAUUUAUUGCAAGUUUUAUAUCACCUAAAAUUUAUAUCUAUACCAUGGUUUUUUUUUUUGCAAUCUGAAUCAUUAAAAAAAUUAUUAGAUAUAUUAAAAGAAAACAAAUUAUAA